UCUGAGCAGCAGCAGCAGAAGGAGCAUCCUAUAGGCUAAUCAGUUGGUACUUUUAUUCUAGCUCCAGCAUCCUCCUCCUCCUCCUCCUCUUCCUCCUCCCUAUUACCAGUAGAGGAAAGCCAUCUGCCAGUGUGCGCGUGUUUUUGUCCGCUACCAUGGUGGAAAUGAUGGAUUUUGGGUGCCUUCUCGUCCCGUUGGUGAUGCUGGUGGGGUGUACCUUUCAGACCGACGUGAAGAGCGUUAAAGAGGCGGAAAAAACGGGGAAUUUCAUGGAAGACGAGCAGUGGCUGUCCACCAUUUCACAGUAUAGCCGCAAGAUCAAGCACUGGAAUCGCUUCAGAGACGAGGUAGAGGAUGACUAUGUCCGCACUUGGGAUGAAAAUCAAGGUUCAAACGAAAAUGUAGACACCACCAAGGACCCCUGCCAGAAGGUUAAGUGCAGCCGACACAAGGUGUGUAUCGCCCAAGGCUAUCAGAGAGCUGUGUGCGUCAACCGCAAGAAACUGGAACACAGACUCAAGCAGCCUGCACUCAGGUCUCCUGAGGGGAACUGUCAGCCCUGUCCCAUUUCCUCCACUGGGCCUGUGUGUGGAUCAGAUGGACACAACUACGCCUCAAAGUGCAAGCUGGAGCAGCAGGCAUGUCUUACAGGGAAGGAUCUUACUCUGAAAUGUUCAGGUCUGUGCCCCUGUCCAACCGCUGCCCCUGUUUCCAAGGAGACUAAACAUGAGAGCUGCACUGGACAGGAUCUGGCUGAUCUGGGGGAGCGUCUGAGGGACUGGUUCCAGCUGCUGCAGGGCAAUGCCAAGCAAAACAACAACAGCAAGGCUGGGGCCAGCACUGCUACAGCCAACACUGCAUCAGUGCUGGACAGGAGCAUGGUAGCCAGCUGUAAAGACUCCAUAGGCUGGAUGUUCUCCAAGCUGGACACCAACAGUGACUUGUACCUGGAUCAGGCGGAGCUGGCUGCCAUCAACCUGGACAAGUACGAGGUCUGCAUCCGGCCCUUCUUCAACUCCUGCGACUCCUACAGAGACGGCAAGGUGUCCACCGCCGAGUGGUGCCUGUGCUUCUGGAGAGAGAAGCCCCCGUGCCUGGCUGAACUUGAGAGGAUCCAGGUACAAGAGGGAGGCAAGAGGAAGUAUGGUCUGUUCAUCCCUAGCUGCGAUGAGGAUGGCUUCUACAGGAAGCAGCAGUGUGACAGAGGAGAGUGCUGGUGUGUCAACCAACAUGGAGGAGAAAUAGCCGGAUCCAGGAUUCGUGGCAAACCUGACUGCGAUGAUGAAAUGGCAUAUUCAGGUGAUUUUGGAAGUGGGGUUGGAUGGGAGGACGAGGAAGAGAAAGAAGCAGAGGAGAAUGCAGAAGAGGCCGAGGAGGAAGAGGGAGAGGUGGGGGAGGUAGAUGAUGGGGGAUAUAUCUGGUAAAAGGGCCGGCACCCUAAGCAGCAUCGCUACCGGAGCAUUUUGGUCGUUCCAGACACAAAUAAACACACACACACGCACGCACGCACACACACACACACACACACACACACACACACACACAUAUACAGAUCCUGCAAAGAGAUGGACAUGUUUAAGUGACACUCAGAACAACACUGGCUCAUGAAAACAUGAGGGAAAGGGUCACAGAGGUUGGGGAUAGGGAAGACAGGAAUGAUGGGAGGAGUUAGUGUUAACGUGAUUGUUCUUAUAGGGGUGGCAAGGGGGGGGGGAAUGUUACCACUAUUUAGAAAUUAUGGCUCUGAAGAGUCUGAAGGAAUUUCGUCCCUCAUACUUGUGAAUCUUUGUUCUAUUCUGUUGUUUGUCUUUUGAACUAUAUUUGAGCAGUUUUUAGCUGACGCAUACCAGAGACUUAAAGCAGCUGCCGGUGUUUGCCAUGUGUUUGCAUAAGAACUGGAGAUAUAAUGGGUGCAUUUCAGUCGUCUCCGCUGGCCUGGCCCCCCUUCACCGUUAUACAGCACCUGAACAAGGCUGAUACAACCAAUUUUGGGUGAUAAAGAGAGGAAAACUGAAAUGCAUCCUUUGACUUUACCCAUGUCAUGUCAUACGCUUCAGCUCAUAUGUGACAGUAGUGCUCUGUCUCAUUCAUGACUUAUUAAAACAAAAAGUUUCUCACAUGUCACUCUCUAGCUUGUACAUAGUGUGUGUAUCGGAAGACAGAUCGUCACCUAUUAGUCCUCUAUUACCAAUGCCUUGACAGACUAGCAGAACAUACUUCUUGGUUGACAAGUGUCCAUCGUGUCAUAAUGUGGAUCGAUUAUUGUGUUUAAUAAAAAAAAAUAAAGAAAUAAAUAAACUGGUUUAUGUGGCCCAGACUGGCCACCAUA